AUGGACCCGCAGCUUUUCGCUUCCAUCGUGCCACUGAUACUAGAACUGCAUCAAGCAGUGCAAGACGGGCCAGACGAGAAUGAGAGGCUACAUGUCGCUCAGCUUGCGCAGAAGCUCAAGGCUGCACUGAUCGAUGCGACGCAGCAAGCUCGCGAUCUACCCAACGGUGAUCUGAGCAUCGACGAGCAGAAGAAGAUUCUCGUCGCGCUCCAGGCGGAGAGCACACGCCCUCAUGACAAGGCUUAUGCCAAUCUCACUGAAGUCUCUCCGGGCAAGCACGAGAUGUUCACGGUGUCAGUGCAGUCCGGCGUUCAUGCUACGCUUGCCUACGAGCCUCGGUUCACUGUGCUAGCCCUCAUCGCGCGGAAACAGACCAAAGCAAGCACGAUCCAAGUCAGAUUGAGCUAUAGAAAUGCAAUGUCAGUAGGCACUGCUGAACGUCCAUUCGACACAAGCAUGUCGCAACCCUACGUCCAGCAGCCUCAGCAGGCGUAUGGACAACCUCCAAUGAUGCAAGCACCGAAUUAUGCGCCCACGCAAGGCCAGCCAAUGCAACAACAGCAGAACAAUUAUGAUCAACAGCAAAACAAUGGAUACUAUGGCCAAGCCAAACAAGAAGAGGACGAAAAGUUCUCGCCCCAGAAGCCUAAAUGGAACGAUCUCAUCUUUGCCCUGCUGUUCUUGGCCCAAUUCGGUGCCUUCAUCGCCCUGUCUGUCAUCACGCUCAGGACGAUCAGCUCUUCAGGCGGUAAUCUGACGGGCGGCUCGACAGGCGUUACGUUCAACAGACAGACUGCCUAUCUCUUCGCACUCAUCGCACCCGUCGGCUUCGUUCUCGCCAUCUGUUUCCUCGCCAUCGUCAGAGCGUUCACCAAGAUCAUCCUCGAGAUCACACUCUUGCUCAGUGUCGCUCUGUCCAUCGGCACGGCAGUCUACGCCUUCAUAGAGAAGCAAUACUCUGCCGGCGUCAUCUUUGCCCUCUUUGCACUCUUGGCCAUCAUCAGCUAUCCCUUCAUGCGAAAGCGCAUCCCACUGACAGUCGCGAUCUUGCAUACCGUCUUCAGAGCUGCAAAUGCUCAUCCAUCGACAUACGUCAUCGCUAUCUUGGGCACGCUUGUUCAAGGGAUUUACUCCGUCUGGUGGUCUUUCACACUGGCAGCGACAUACACAAAAUACUCUGACGGCGGAACAGGCUGCGGCACGUCUGGCGGCUCUUGUGGCACUGCUUCCAUCGUUCUUGCAGUCAUGUUUCUCACUUUCUCGUACUACUGGACCACUCAAGCCAUCGCUGGUAUCGUCCUUGUUACCAAUGCCGGUAUAUUUGGCACCUGGUAUUUCUCUGCUCAGGGCGGCGUCGGCAAACCCGUCCAUAUCGCUCGCGGCGCGUUCAGACGAGCGAUCACAUACAGCUUGGGCUCCAUCGCAGAGGGCACUCUCAUCGUCGCUAUCUUGCAAUUCCUCAGGACGCUCGUCAAUUUGGCAGAAUCACAAGCUCGUCAAGAUGGCGACAUGAUCGGCAUGGCUUGCGGAUGUAUCGCAAGCUGCUGCCUCGGUUGCAUCACUUGGGCCGUCGAGUACUUCAACCGCUACGCUAUGAUUGAGAUAGCUCUCUAUGGCAAGAAAUACAGCAAAGCUGCAAAAGACGCUUGGAAUUUGCUCAAGCAUCGCGGCAUAGACGCUCUCAUCAACGACAGUCUUAUUGGCAAUGUCUGGUUCUUCGGCUCUUUCGGCAUCGGCGCUCUGUGCUCGCUACUCAUCUUCCUCUAUCUUCAUUUGCGUUCGCCGAGUUACAUCGAUGCAAGCUCCGGCCUAACUGCCGCAGCCAUGGGCUUCGCAUGGCUGAUUGGCUUCACUCUCGUACAUACUCUUGGACAAGGCACGAUCCAGGCGGGCGCAGACACCAUUUUUGUUGCAAUGGCAGAGGCGCCCCUGCUGCUCCAGCAGCGUUCGCCAGAAUUGUACGAGGUCGUCGCCUCGAGAUACGGACACAUUCUGCAAGGAGUCUAG